AUGUAUGAUGAGACUGACCGGGGUGAAGGCUUGGAACACUCCAAGUUUAUGACACAUCUCAACAAGGAACGACUCUAUGAGUUCCUAGCAAGGCUGAACCGAGAGCUAGAUGAAGUCUGCGGGCAUGAUGCUCUCGAUGUUCGCCUGACCAAAACCCAACUUGAGACCCUCCAUAAGUUGUAUGGUACUUCUAAUGCUCAUGGAUCUCUAGCUACCCAAGAAGAUGAUUCAAGCGAAAUUGAGAAGCUAAAAGAGUUUUUUAGUGCAAAAUUCGAACUCAAUGACUUGGGGAAUCUUAAAUACUUCCUUGGAAUUGAGGUAGUAAGGUCUAAGGCAGACAUAGCCUUCGGUGUGAGUGUUAUCAAUCAGUACAUGCAUACUCCAAGGGAGAAGCACCUGGAAGUUACGUACAAGAUAUUAAGGUAUCUAAAAGGGACUUCUGGUAAAGGCCUGCAUUUCAAGAAAACUAGCAACUGGAAUGUGGAAGUAUACACUGAUGCAGACUGGGCAGGAUCUGCUAAUGAUAGACAUUCUACAAGUGGUUAUUAUAGUUAUGUUUAG